GGAGGGGGAAACAAAACAAGAUACAUUGAGUUUCUUUUCCGCCUAAAUGAAACUUAAUGUCCAAAGGUUUUGAUAUGAUGUGGCUAUGAUUCACCUGAUGACUCCUCCCGUGCCAAUAUAACAGCUGACUGCACGUGAAAUCUGGCACUCAACCCAGCUGACACAACACACACACACUGCAAGAUGUCUGGUGAAAAAAUCAUUGUUUUCUUUGACCUGGAGGCCACUGGAUUAGACACUGAUGUGUGCGACAUCAUCCAGUUGGGGGCCAUCUGUGGACGGAUGGACUUCAACCGCUACAUCCUGCCGACCCGCCCCCUCACUGAGAGCGCCAAGCAGGUGACGGGUCUGACCUGCAGGGAUGGCUGCCUGUUUCUCCGCGGGACUCAGGUGGAAACCGUCCCUAUGGAGGAAGCUCUCACCUCCUUCCUCGACUACCUCCGCUCUUUCCGUAAGCCCGUGCUGCUGGCGGCCCACAGUGCAAUGCGGUUUGAUGCACCUGUGAUCACCAGAUGGCUGCGUAAGCACUCCCUGCAUACGGAGUUCAAGCAGGUGGUCUCUGGGUUUGUGGAUACCUUCCCGCUGAGCAAGAACCUCCAUCGGGGUCUGAGCAGUUAUUCUCAGGUCAAUAUGGUGCGUCACUUCCUGGGAAAGAGCUACAGCGCCCACAAUGGAGUGGAGGACGCCAGCAUGCUGCAGGAGCUGUUCAACUCAUGGAGUCCCAGCCAAAAGAGCAUCUCCAGGGUGACCUACCCGACUUAAAGGUCACCUAUUAUGCAAAAUCCACUUUUUCAUGACUUUUAUACAUAAACAUGUGUCCCCUCUGUGUGAAGAGAUUCUGAAAGUUUCAGGAAAAAAGAUUCUCUCUCUUUUGGUCCUGACCCAUUUAUAUAAAAACCUAUCUGAAAAUGAGCUGAUCAGAUUUUGGCCACUUUAUGAUGUCAUAACGAUUUUUUGGCAAGGUAACCUUGGUUGGUGAUUGGCUAAUGGACAAUCACCUGAAUCUCCUCCUAGAGCACCAUUGUGUUCUUUUUAACCAAAUAUCUCUCAGAGGGGCGUGGGGAGUGGCUCCUUAUUUUCAUCUAAAGUAACAGACACAGAAUCAGCACUUUGAAACAGGGCUGAAACAGAGGGGAUUAUGGGAUGCUGCAAUCUGUUUGGUAUUUCGAGUCACUAACACUUCAGAGACAUGUUUUGUAUAUAUCUGAGACCCAUAAUAUAUUGAUGAAAAACAGUAGGGGACCUUUAAAGAAAGAUUAGCGACAGAAAAUAUAUAUUAUAUUUAUAUAUCAAUUUUCUUUGUUACACUGUUCAUUCUGCAAGUUAAGUUUUGUUGUUUAAUGUAACAUGUGUCAUAAUCACAGGUGGUUGUCUUAAAUUGUUGCACUUUUUUCCCACAAAUAAAGAUUUAUUUUCUAUUUGAUUCUA